GUUUCAUCCGAUAUGUCUCGACAGAGGCUGACCAUACGAUGCGCUGGAGGUGCAGGUGGCAACACAGAUCCGCGGAACCGUGGCCAAGAACAGCAGGUGUGUACUUUACGUUACAUGGUGCAAAUGCUCAGUCAUGCAUUUGAUCGACGCAAUCCAUUCAAUACCAUAAGUGCAUGGCCUGCACUCGCAUUUCUUUCAAUCCGUUUUCACUCUCGUAUUCUUUACUGCUCCACUCUCGAUACCCGCGAACGAAAUGGCAAUAGCAAAAAUCGAGCUGGAGAGCGGGUUGAAAGAUGCCCACGAAAUCACACAAGAAGAAACGGUCCAAGAAACGGAGAUUGACGUGACGCAUGCUCAACCCACGAGAAAACUCGAGCGCUUCAUCAGCUUCUUUCCCAUCUUCGGCUUUGCAUGUACGGUGCUGGGAUCAUGGGAAGGCGUGGCUGCUGGAUUCGGAGCAGGACUAUUGAACGGCGGGCCGGUGGUUUUGGUGUAUGGAUACAUCCUCGCCACCAUCGGGGCCAUGUGCAUGAGCUGCUCAAUUGCUGAGAUGGCAUCCAUCGUCUGUGUAUCGGGUGGUCAAUAUCACUGGACUGCAAAAUACGCCCCCGCCGCCUCGAACUUCUGGGGCUUGAUGCAGGGCUGGCUCACUGUCUUUGGCUGGCUCGCCUCCGUCAGUGCUCUCCCUUACUUCGCCGGUACUCAAAUCGAAGGCCUGAUCGCUCUCAACUACCUGGGCUACCAGCCGCAGAGAUGGCACGGCACGCUCCUGAUCUGGGCCACAAUGAUCGUUCCAGUUCUGAUCAACAUGUUCGCUCGAAAACUUCUCGCACCGUUCGAAACGCUCGGCAUCAUCAUGCACCUGUCUUUCCUUCCCAUCUUCAUCGUCGUCUUGGUGGUGUUGGCACCUCACAGCUCGCCGUCAUUCGUCUUCACCGACUUCAUUGGGGAUCAAAGCGGGUGGACCAACAAAGGCGUCAUCUUCAGCAUCGGCUUGUUAACGUCGACAUACACCUUUACCGGCUUCGACGGUCCACUACACAUGGGAGAAGAAGUUAAGAACGCACGGACUGUCGUGCCACAAACUAUGGUCCUCGCCGUCCUCACCAAUGGCAUCAUGGCGCUCGGCUGGAUGAUCUGCCUGCUGUUUACCAUCGGGAAUGUUCAAAAUGCUCUCACUACGCGGACCGGAUAUCCGAUCAUCGAGAUUUUCUACCAGGCAACUCAUUCGCUGCAUGGAACCAAUACUUUGAUGGCCAUGUUGAUGCUGACGGGCUACGUCUCCUUGACCAAUUCGCUGGCUUCUGUCUCUCGACUGACUUGGGCAUUUGCUCGAGACAACGGACUCCCAUUCUCAGCAUUCUUUGCAUACGUUUCACCAAAAUACAAAAUCCCCCUGCGCGCACUAGGACUCAUCGUAGUCGUCGUCUUCCUCCUAAGCUUCAUCCAGCUCGGCUCCACCGUGGCAUUCCAGGGUAUCAUCUCGCUCUCCACCCUCGCACUCUACGCCUCGUACACGCUCCCAAUCCUGUUCUUCACCGUCCACAAACUCCGCGGCAGGCCGAUCAACUACGGCCCGUGGAAGAUGGGACGGUACGGCGUUCUCGUCAAUUUCUUCGCCAUCGCCUGGGGUGUUUACAGUUGUUGCUUCCUGCCGUUUCCCCCGAUGCUGCCGGUUGCGAAUCCUGCGGAGCUGAAUUGGUCUGGUCCGGUGUUUGGGUUUGUCAUCUUACUUGCACUAUUGGAUUGGUUUCUGCGAGGACGGCGGAAGCAUUUCACUCUGGAUCGGGUGCUGGAGGAAGAGGAGGUAUCGGGAAGUGGAGAUGGUCGAUAGAAUAAGAAGAGGUAGUUAGACAUGGUUCAGACGCCACUGCUGAACGUUAGAUUCGGUCGACUUUCCCAUUGAUUGCAAGACUCGGUUUCCAUCAAGGCCUUCGUUCCCGUCUCGUUUGUGUUGUUCACGACGCAAUGCGUGAGGUUGCUUCUGACCAGGAUGGGAGACGAUCGUCACAUCAGCCACUUCAGCCGCAGGCUGACUCCGGCUAAGAUCGUC